GCGAGGGCCGCGGCCGCCUCCUCCUUGGCGGGGCCUAGAGGUUAUAAAAGGGCCAGCUGGCUCCCUCUGCUGCCUAGUCGCGCAGCCAGAGGGCUGAGGGCGACCAGAGUGUAGCGGGCCGGAGCGCGCGUGCCGUCGCGUCCUGCUCUCCAGGUGUGUGAACCUGUAAAAUUAAGUCUUCAAGAUGAUCUGGUGUAUUUUAAUAAUAGGAAUUCUACUUCCUCAGUCUUCGGCCCAUCCAGGCUUUUUUACUUCAAUUGGUCAAAUGACUGAUUUGAUCCAUACUGAGAAAGAUCUGGUGACGUCACUAAAAGAUUAUAUCAAGGCAGAAGAGGACAAGUUAGAAGAAAUUAAAAAAUGGGCAGAGAAGUUGGACCGUCUAACCAGCACAGCAACAAAAGACCCAGAAGGGUUUGUUGGACAUCCUGUAAAUGCAUUCAAAUUAAUGAAACGUCUGAAUACUGAAUGGAGUGAGUUGGAGAACCUGGUCCUUAAGGAUAUGUCAGAUGGCUUUAUCUCUAACCUCACCAUUCAGAGACAGUACUUUCCUAAUGAUGAAGAUCAGGUUGGGGCAGCAAAAGCUCUGUUGCGUCUCCAGGACACUUAUAAUCUGGAUACAGAUACCAUCUCAAAGGGUAAUCUUCCCGGAGUAAAACAUAAAUCUUUUCUAACAGCUGAAGACUGCUUUGAGCUGGGCAAAGUGGCCUACACAGAAGCAGAUUAUUACCAUACAGAGCUGUGGAUGGAGCAAGCAUUGCGACAACUGGAGGAAGGAGAGAUCUCUACCAUAGACAAAGUCUCUGUUCUGGAUUAUCUGAGCUAUGCAGUGUACCAACAAGGAGACCUGGAUAAAGCCCUUCUUCUCACAAAGAAGCUUCUUGAGCUAGAUCCUGAACAUCAGAGAGCUAAUGGUAACUUAAAAUAUUUUGAGUAUAUAAUGGCUAAAGAGAAAGAUGCCAAUAAGUCUGCUUCAGGUGACCAGUCUGAUCAGAAAGCCACACCAAAGAAAAAAGGAAUUGCUGUGGAUUACCUGCCAGAGAGACAGAAGUACGAAAUGCUGUGCCGUGGGGAGGGUAUCAAAAUGACUCCUAGGAGACAGAAAAAGCUGUUUUGCCGCUACCAUGAUGGAAACCGGAAUCCUAAAUUUAUUCUGGCUCCAGCCAAACAGGAGGAUGAGUGGGACAAGCCUCGUAUUAUUCGUUUCCAUGAUAUUAUUUCUGAUGCAGAAAUUGAAAUUGUCAAAGACUUAGCAAAACCAAGGCUAAGCCGAGCUACAGUACAUGACCCUGAGACUGGAAAAUUGACCACAGCACAGUACAGAGUAUCUAAGAGUGCCUGGUUGUCUGGCUAUGAAGACCCUGUGGUGUCUCGAAUCAAUAUGCGAAUACAAGAUCUAACAGGGUUAGAUGUUUCCACAGCAGAGGAAUUGCAGGUAGCGAAUUAUGGAGUUGGAGGACAAUAUGAACCCCAUUUUGACUUUGCAAGGAAAGAUGAGCCAGAUGCGUUCAGAGAACUUGGGACAGGAAACAGAAUUGCUACAUGGCUAUUCUAUAUGAGUGACGUGUCUGCAGGAGGAGCUACUGUCUUUCCUGAAGUAGGAGCAAGCGUUUGGCCCAAAAAAGGAACUGCUGUCUUCUGGUAUAACCUGUUUGCCAGUGGAGAAGGAGAUUAUAGUACACGGCAUGCAGCCUGUCCGGUGCUAGUUGGAAACAAAUGGGUAUCCAAUAAAUGGCUCCAUGAACGUGGACAAGAGUUCCGAAGACCAUGCACCUUGUCAGAAUUGGAAUGACAAACAAGCUUCCUCCUCCUGUUGUACUAAUGCAUCUGACACACGAUUCCUGUUCUUAACCUUCAGAAGUUUACAGUUGACUAACACUCCAUGAUUGAUUCAGUCAUAACCUCAUCCCAUGUUUCAUCUGUGGACAAUCAUUUUGUGGGUUUUUCUUUUAAAAUUAAUGCUAGAUCAUCGCAUUGUACAAAACCUUGUAGGUCAGUCAGUAUCAGAAUAUAAGACAGUUAAAAUGAGGAAUUUUUAAUUUUGUUGUAUUUUAAAGUUGGCCAGAUUAGGCUGUCUGAUUAGGAUACAGAUGCCUUACAAACCUAGUCUUCCUUUUGGUGUAUUCUGGAUUGCUGAACACUAAUAAUAAACUAGGACUCUGACCUGGGUUCUAGAUAUCUGCCCCUCCAUAUGUUACUCUAAGUUGAUUUUUUUUCUCUAAUUUAAAGAAACUACAUUUUAUCAAUCCCCCCUCACCACUGCUGAAUUCAUCAGGUUUGAGUUAAAUACUUUAAUCAAGAAGCCCUGCGUGGCUGACUAGGCCUUCCUCCCACAGUGCUCAUUGCUCAGGCGGCUCUUCCCUCUCCUUACAUGACUGAUUCUGUCCAGAAGUUUUGCUAUUUUCAGAGCCAACACCUUGCCUCUGUCCUGCUCCUCCUGCAGCAGGGUGGUGAUGUUGGCGUCCUGAUGAAAUAUUGUGCCUUAGGAGACUGGAAGCUUAAGAAUGGAAAGGUCCUUUCAUUGAUGAAGGAAUUGAUUUUUUUAAAGGAAAUCUUAAAAAGCCAAAAUGUUUGUUUUUUUAAAAUUCUGAAAUGUGUUACACAGCAAUGACCUAUUUAUGAUCUUAAAUCUUUUUU